AUGAAAAAGAUAGCCUAUUUGCUCGUCUUUCAAGGGUUAUAUCUUAUUCCUUCGACGAUCCGUUCCUGCAUUCAAAGUUCUUUAUCUAAACCGAACCUAUCUAUCUAUCUAUCUAUCCUCAGCCUAUUCAUUAUCUAUCUAUCUAUCUAUCUAUCUAUCUAUCUAUCUAUCUAUCUAUCUGUCUGUCUGUCUGUCUAUCCUCAGCCUAUUCAUAAUCUAUCUAUCUAUCUAUCUAUCUAUCUAUCUAUCUAUCUAUCUAUCCUCAGUCUAUUCCUUAUUUAUCUAUCUAUCUCAGCCUAUUCAUCUGUCUAUCUUCAGUCUAUUCAUUAUCGAUCUAUCUAUCUAUCUAUCUAUCUAUCUAUCUAUCUAUCUAUCUAUCUAUCUAUCUAUCUAUCUAUCUAUCUAUCUAUCUCAGCCUAUUCAUCAUCUAUUUGUCUCUCUAUCUAUAUUUUUGUCUAUAAAUUUUACUCUCUCAAAAGGCUAGCAGCACACCCACUGGGGUCAGAGGUCCCCGUAGAUCAAAAGUCGGAAAACAUUGUUCACCUCACUCUUCAUCAUAUCUAUCUAUCUAUCUAUCUAUCUAUCUAUCUAUCUAUCUAUCUUCACUUCACAUCUAUCUAUCUAUCUAUAUCUAUCUAUCUAUCUAUCUAUCUAUCUAUCUAUCUAUCUAUCUACUGUUCAUAUCUAUCUAUCUAUCUAUCUAUCUAUCUAUCUAUCUAUCUAUCUAUCUAUCUAUACAAGUCUGUUCAGCUCUGUUUAUCUAUCUAUCUAUCUAUCUAUCUAUCUAUCUAUCUAUCAAUCUAUCUCAGUCGUUCCAUAUCUAUUUAUCUAUAUAUCCAUCUAUUCUCGUCUGUUCAUAUCUAUCUAUCUAUCUAUCUAUCUAUCUAUCUAUCUAUCUAUCUAUCUCAAUCGGUUGAUAUCUAUCUAUUUUUCUUUGAACAAGACUAA